AUGAAACAGAAAGGUACUAAACGACCUCCCGUUCCGGCAACGCUGGGCGAAACUGCAGGGAAGAUUCUUCUUCUGCACGCGCUGCUGCUCCUGAUCCUCCUUUGCCAGUGGGAUAUUUCGUCGGCAUCUCCACAUUUUAAUGUCGGCAACGAAGGCUUUGAAAUGGAGGAAGCCUCUGGUGUUUCAAUCAACAAAGCAGCUGAAGCACCAGCGGAUCCUGCAAAAGGAGACGAGCAAGAUGGUAAAGCAGUAUUACAGCAGCUGUCGGGUGAAGGCGUGGAUCAUGUGAGCGUGGAUGAGACUCGGAAUGCAUGGAAGAAGUUUGGUUGGCCCGCAUUGGGUCUUGCUGCAUCUUUGAUGAUUCUGAUGUUCAUUGCUACAGCAUGGGCGAUUGCUGCUGCGGCUCCCAAGGACAAGAGUCUCCCCACAGUGCUCCAUGAAAAGGAUGAAAAAAUGGAGAAGGAGGAAAAAGAGAAGGCAACAAGUGGUAAAGGACCGAAGGAAGAAGGGGAAGGACAGGGGCAAAAACAAGAACAAGAACAAGAAUAUAUUCUGGAUAAUGCUGCAGAUCAGUUGGAGCUGCAGCAGCAUUUGCAUGCUUGCUGGCUCCCUGCACAGUCUUUGGGUGCAUCCGUGGAUCAGCCAAUGUCUACUAAGCUGCUGGUGCAACUGAAGGAGCAUAUGGACGCGGCGGAGCAGCAUCAGUCUGCUGCAGAGGUCGGGGACCGUGCAGCAGUGGCUGCGAUUGCUGCUGCGAAUCAAGCAGCCGUAAACGAUCUUGCAGCUUUGGAACAACUGGCAAGAGAUAUUGUGAUGACAGAUGCAGGAGAAAUAUUUACGUGCGCCAGAGCAGCACUUAUGACUGAUACAGAAUUUGUAAACCUCGUGUUAGAAAGCACAACAGCAGCACGAUCAUACCAACAGGCAUGGGAUCAAGCUGUACGCGUGUGCAACGACAGGAUUAGCUUCCAGAAAGAUGAGGCAACAGCAAUCAGGACGCAGCUACAGAGCUUCCCUCCGCUGCAGCAGCGGCAGCUGGGGCGGUUGCCCGAGCGGCUUUCUGCGGCGCGGGUUGCAGUGGAAGGUGUCCGUCGUUGCUUGAAGAUGAAAGAAGCAGCAAGAGGUGUGGCAAGGGAACUGCGCCGGCGUCCCUUGGUAUUCUUCAAGAAGGGCUGCCUAGGGCGCUUGGAGCUUGUAGGCAUAAAAGGAGCAGUUCUACAGGAAAUUGUUUCUGCAUUGCUGAAGGGUGCCACAAAGCAGGCGAAGUUGAUAUCUGCUCUUCAAGUAGUUGCACCUGCAUUGCCGGAGGUUGCUACGAAGCUGGCGAAUUUGAAACCUAUAACAAACGAAGACACUGAAGACAUUAGUGCAUGGAGCAGUUCGCUGAAGGAUGCGAAUUGUGCGCACAGCUCCCUGCAGAAGCAUCUGCACGUGCUGCGUGGUGCGAAGAGCCUGCAGGGGGCUAAGGCAGCAGCAGAUGCUGCAGAAAAAGCAGGGGUGCAUAUGUCGCAGGUUCUCGACGGGCUAAUCAGGGAUUUGGCACGUUUCUGGAAGAGGCAUGAGCAGCUUGAAAAGAGUGAAGUUGAGAAUACAGUGGCGCAUCCACCAGGGCUGCCGACCUUGGACAGCCAGGUUAAGUCUGUGCUGAACACCGAGUCGCAAGAGUUUGUUGCGGAAGCAGAAGAAGCUGAGAAACUUGUGCUGGAUGUGGGAAGCAGGAUAGAGCUGGAGGUGGCAAGGCUAAGGG